UGCCAGGACAACAAUAGAACCUUAUUUUUAGAGCAUUUCCAGCUCUGUGCCCAGCAUUCAGCAGGGCUGAGGUCCAGGGAGUUCCUUCCGUCUUCACGCUGAGGUUUAAGGAAAGGCUGCUGCAGGAUGGGUGACGACAGGCCCUUCGUGUGCGGCGCCCCGGGCUGCGGACAGAGGUUCACAAACGAGGACCACCUGGCGGUUCAUAAACACAAGCACGAGAUGACAUUGAAAUUCGGCCCCGCUCGCACCGACUCCGUCAUCAUCGCAGAUCAGACCCCGACCCCGACGCGGUUCCUGAAGAACUGUGAGGAGGUGGGACUCUUCAACGAGCUGGCCAGCUCCUUCGAGCACGAGUUCAAGAAAGCUGCUGAGGAUGAUGAGAAAAAGGGCGCGGGGGCCCUGGACAUGUCCCUGCCCUCCACGCCGGAGAUGAAGAUCAAGGAGGAGGAGCCGCUGGAGGUGGACUCGUCCCCCCCGGACAGCCCCGCGUCCCGGCCCCGCUCGCCCCCGCGCCACGACAAGGAGGGCCCCUCCAAGCCCGUGAUCCUCUCCACGCCCACGCCCACCAUCGUGCGGCCGGGCUCGCUGCCGCUGCACCUGGGCUACGACCCCCUGCACCCCACGCUGCCGUCCCCCACCUCCGUCAUCACCCAGGCGCCCCCCUCCAACAGACAGCUGGGGUCUCCCAGCGGCUCCCUCCCGCUCGUCGUGCAGCUCGCCAACGGCCAGACCAUGCCCGUGCUGCCCGGGCCCCCCGUGCAGAUGCCUUCUGUCAUCUCGCUGGCCCGGCCCGUGGCCAUGGUGCCCAACAUCCCUGGCAUUCCCGGGCCCCCCAUCAACAGCAGCGGGUCCCUCUCGCCCUCAGGCCUCCCGGUGCACUCCGAAGCCAAAAUGAGGCUGAAGGCCAGCCUGGCGGCGUCGUCCUCGCUGAACGGCAGCAGCCUGGUGGUGGGCUCGGCCAGCACCAUGGUGACCGCGCGGCCGGAGCAGAGCCAGGUGCUGGGCCAGCACCCCGACGCCCCCUCCCCAGCCCAGCCACAGGUGUCCCCUGCCCAGCCCACGCCCAGCACGGGCGGGCGGCGGCGGCGGGCGGCCGACGAGGACCCGGACGAGCGGCGGCAGCGCUUCCUGGAGCGGAACCGCGCGGCCGCCUCGCGCUGCCGGCAGAAGCGCAAGCUCUGGGUGUCCUCCCUGGAGAAGAAGGCCGAGGAGCUCACCAGCCAGAACAUCCAGCUGAGCAACGAGGUGACGCUGCUCAGGAACGAGGUGGCUCAGCUGAAGCAGCUGCUGCUGGCCCACAAGGACUGUCCCGUCACCGCCCUGCAGAAGAAGACCCAGGGCUACCUGGAGAGCCCCAAGGAGAGCUCGGAGCCCACGGGCUCGCCCGCGCCCGUCAUCCAGCACAGCUCGGCCUCGGCCGCGCCCAACGGGCUCAGCGCCGCGCGCUCGGCCGCCGAGGCCGUGGCCACCUCGGUGCUGGCGCAGAUGGCCGGGCAAAGGACAGAGCUGGCCGUGCCCGUGGCCUCGCACGUCAUCAUGGCCCCACAGUCGCAGUCUGCCGGCAGAUGAUGGCCCCGGGCCACGGACUGAGCGCGGCCCCGGGCCGCGGGACCUUCCCUUUCCUUUCGGGGUUUUAUCCCUUCUGUUCUGUUCUGUUCUGUUCUGAGGUAAGGGCAGCUCUGGCGCUUUCCCCCGGCGCAGCCCCCGCGAA